CUUUUCCCCCGCAUGGCGGCCGGCGAGCGCACAGCGGCUGGGCCGCGGUCGCGAGCGUCCAUGGCUCCGAAGAGGAAGAAGAAAGGGCUCCGGAAGCGCCGGGGUGCGGCCUUCCAGACUCGCCACAGCGACUCGGAGGACGGCGAGUUCGAGAUCCAGGCGGAAGAUGACGCCCGGGCACGGAAGUAUGGCCCUGCCAGAGCACUGCCUGCCUUCCCCACCUCCGAGUGUGCCUCAGAUGUGGAGCCCGAUACCCGGGAGAUGGUGCGAGCCCAGAACAAGAAGAAGAAGAAGUCUGGAGGCUUCCAGUCCAUGGGCCUGAGCUACCCUGUGUUCAAGGGUGUCAUGAAGAAGGGCUACAAGGUGCCCACGCCAAUCCAGCGGAAGACCAUCCCGGUGAUCCUGGAUGGGAAGGAUGUGGUAGCGAUGGCACGGACGGGCAGCGGCAAGACUGCCUGCUUUCUUCUCCCUAUGUUUGAGCGGCUUAAGGCCCGCAGCGCUCAGACCGGCGCCCGGGCCCUCAUCCUCUCACCCACCCGGGAGCUGGCCCUGCAAACCAUGAAGUUCACUAAGGAGCUGGGCAAGUUCACCGGCCUCAAGACAGCCCUGAUCCUGGGCGGGGACAAAAUGGAAGAUCAGUUUGCCGCCCUGCAUGAAAAUCCUGACAUAAUCAUUGCUACACCUGGCCGGUUGGUGCACGUGGCCGUGGAGAUGAACCUGAAGCUACAGAGCGUGGAGUAUGUGGUUUUUGAUGAAGCUGACAGGCUCUUUGAGAUGGGCUUUGCUGAGCAGCUUCAGGAAAUCCUCAGCCGCCUCCCCGGGGGCCACCAGACGGUGCUCUUUUCUGCCACAUUGCCCAAGCUGCUGGUGGAGUUUGCCCGGGCUGGCCUCACGGAGCCCGUGCUCAUCCGGCUGGACGUGGAUGCCAAGCUCAAUGAGCAGCUGAAGACCUCCUUCCUCCUGGUACGGGAAGACACCAAGGCCGCUGUGCUGCUCUAUCUGCUCCGCAACGUGGUGCGUCCCCAGGACCAGACGGUGGUGUUUGUGGCCACAAAGCACCAUGCCGAGUACCUCACAGAGCUGCUGUCGGCCCAGCGGGUGAGCUGCACCCACAUCUACAGCGCCCUGGACCAGACGGCCCGCAAGAUCAACCUCGCCAAGUUCACGCACGGCAAGUGCUCAGCCCUCAUCGUAACCGACCUGGCUGCCCGGGGCCUGGACAUCCCGCUGCUGGACAACGUCAUCAACUACAGUUUUCCCGCCAAGGGCAAGCUCUUCCUGCACCGCGUGGGCCGUGUAGCCCGGGCUGGCCGAAGUGGUACAGCCUACUCCCUGGUGGCCCCCGACGAGGUCCCCUACCUCCUGGACUUGCACCUGUUCCUGGGCCGCUCCCUCAACCUCGCACGGCCAGGAGAGGAGCCCUCAGGUACUGUCAGCGUGGACGGUGUGCUGGGCCGGGUGCCACAGAGUGUGGUGGACGACGAGGAUGGGGGCCUGCGCAGCGCGUUGGAGGCAUCCCUGGAGCUGCGGGGCCUGGGCCGCGUGGCGGAGAACGCGCUGCAGCAAUACCUGCGCUCACGACCGGCACCCUCGCCCGAGUCCAUCAAGAGGGCCAAGGAGCUGGACCUGACAGGGCUGGGCCUGCACCCCCUCUUCAGUUCAUACUUUGAGGAUGGGGAGCUGAAGCGGCUGAGGCUGGUGGACAGCAUUAAGAAGUACCGUGCCCGGACGACCAUCUUUGAGAUCAAUGCCUCCAGCCGGGACCUGAGCUGUCAGGUGAUGCGUGCCAAGCGGCAGAAGGACUGCAAAGCCAUCGCCAGUUUCCAGCAGGGGCGGCAGCAGCAGCAGCAGCAGCAGCAAGAAGGUCCAGCUGGCCAGGCCCUGGGUGGCCCAGCCCCAAAGGAUGAGCAGCCUGAGGAUGAGGAAGAUGCGGGAGAGAGUGUGGAGGCCAUCUUCUCAGAGGUUAUGGGCAAGAAGCGGCAGGUGCCAGGCCCCAGCAGAGGAGCCAAGAGGCGGAGGGAGGAGACCCGGCAGCGGGACCAGGAGUUCUAUGUCCCCUACCGGCCCAAAGAUUUCGACAGUGAGCGGGGCCUGAGCAUUGGAGGGGCUGGGGGCGCCUUUGAGCAGCAGGUGGCCGGCGCUGUGCUGGACCUGAUGGGGGAUGAGGCUCAGAACCUGAGCAGAGGCCGGCAGCAGCUCAAGUGGGACCGGAAGAAGAAGCGGUUUGUGGGACAGUCAGGACAGGAGGAUAAGAAGAAGAUCAAGACAGAGAGUGGCCGGUUUAUCAGCAGCUCCUACAAGAGGGAUCUCUACCAGAAGUGGAAACAGAAACAGAAAAUUGAUGACCGGGACUCAGAGGAAGAGGGAACAUCUGAGCAGCGAGGCCCAGCACGAAGAGGUGGGAGGAGAGGGCGUAGCCAAGGUGCACCCCAGCCCCCGGGCGGCCCUGGUGGCCGUGUGCGCUCUGAGCUCAGGACCAAGCAGCAGAUCCUGAAGCAGCGGCGUCGCACCCAGAAGCUGCGCUUCCUACAGAGUGGGGGCCUCAAGCAGCUCUCAGCCCGCAACCGCCGCCGGGCCCAGGAGCUGCGGCAGGGUGCCUUCGGCCGGGGUGCCCCAUCCAAAAAGGGCAAGAUGAGGAAGAGGAUGUGAGGGACAGGCCCAGGCCUCUUGGAAAGCCCUGAAAACAAAUAGUGCCUGGCACAGAAAACAGCGGCUGCCUCAGUGAAGAUGGACACAUUGGGCAGGGUCUUGAGGAGUAUGUGGGAUUCUCCAUCAAAACAGUGGACCAAGACCUGAGUGUGUUCUGGACUCAAGGGUCAUGGCCACACAGGGCUGCACCCUGAUGGGUUUUAAUGGAAUAAAGCUUUAUUUAAAGGGUG